AUGUCGAGCCUCCGCAACUCUCGUCGGAAGACCGACGUCAUCGGCGACUGCAUUGACAAGCUCCACGAGAAGCGCCGCGCAGUGCGCGAGGAGGGCAUGGAGGCGCUGGAGGGCUUCGUCCCCGUCGACGAGCUCGACUACCGCUACUUCACCGUCUUCGAUCGCUGCUGUGCCUCCCUCCGCAAGGGCGCCUGCAGGGAGGCCACGCUCGCCUACCGCGCCAUCAGCCUCCUCGCGCUCACCAUAGGCGCCGCCACUGCCGAUGGCGUCGAUUGCUCCAAGGACAUCCUGGAGAAAGCGCUCCCCGUCCUCGAGGAGACGCUGCAUGCACCAUCGUCCGGCGCGACGACCAUGGUGGCCUCUCUCGAUUGCCUCGCUGCCGUAACCCUCACCGGCACUCGCCGCCCGGAGGACGCGGCCCCGUCCGUGGAGGCCGUGUGGGGCGCGAUCAGGCGUGCCGAAGAUGAGACGAAACCGAGCCCUGAGGUCCUGGCGGCCGCCGUGCGCGCGUUCGCCUUGCUCCUCACCACCGUCGGUGACUUGAGGUCGUACCCCUGCACCGUCAAAGAGGCCAUCAUCCCAUUCCACGACCUCGCCGAGCUCCUCGAGUGCGAACACCCUGACGUACGGAUUGCCGCCGGCGAGGCGCUGGCCGUGUGCGCCGAGCUUAACCUGACGCAACACGCCUCGCCCGAAGACAUCCAAGUGAUCGAGAUGAUACUGUCCGACCUCGUCGCCGAUGCCAGCGGCGGCCAGAACCUCACGGAAGAGCAGGUUGAGUUCUUCCAGCAGAUCGCCGACAUCAUGAGCCAAGUCGGUUGCCCGGAGAUGGAGGAGUCGAUGCCAUCGUCGUACACGAGCGGGCGCAGCAUGCUCAGGGUGUCUACAUGGGCGAGGCUGGUCCAGCUCAAUUUCCUGAAGCGGUUCCUCAACAAGGGCUUCCGUAAGCACCUCCAGGACAACCUGCUCUUCCGGGAACAGGUGGACUCCAGCGACGCCGUAGGCGAGGCCGACGAACAGCCGGUCGGGAAGGGCAGGCGGCGCGGGGGUGGGAGGGAGAAACGGUGGAGCUCGGCCAUGAGGAGGGAUCGCGACAUCGCAUGGGAGAGCAAGAAUGGUUUCUCCCUGUAUGAUUAG